GUGUGAAUGUCAAUACAGUACAAGAUAAUGUUUUAAAUUUAGAAAAAGAAUCAUAAUGUGAGCCUUUUAAUGCGCCUUUUGUAUGAAAAUAGACCUGAACAGACCCGUUCAUCGGCAGUGCGCCUUUUAAUCCGGUGCGCCCAAUGGUCCAAAAAAUACGGUAGUAACAGUUUAGUAACUAUGGCGACACUUGUUGCACAUUCAUUCUCAGAUUCAGAAUGAAUACAUGUACAGUGAGCAUUUUAUUCCGUGGUGUGUAUCGCUUUAAAAAUUAGCAGGGUGAGAGAGUGGAGGAGAGCGGCUGCAUUUCCUUAGUGAGAAUGUUUGUUUUUGUGGCGAUUCAGACCAGAGACGUGCGGCCUGAGUGGGAGAGAGGAAAGAAACAAGAGAGGGUCACCAGGGACUAUUCGCUGUGUGGGACUGGGACAGCGGGACCUGCAGGUUUUGACCCUGAGGAAGCAUCCCAGAGAGUCAGGAUAGGGCAGCCAAUGUCCAAGAUGAAACUAUUAUUAACUUAUCUAAGUGGUCUCAGGAGGAAAUCAAAGGCUAAUCACAGCCGCCCAUUCCUGGACCUUUGGGGGGUGUUACCUGAAAAGAUUCAUCUGGGCUUUUGAGGUCUUUAGGUAGUGUGGCUAUUCCUCUCGCUGGUCUUUACGGUCUGAGCCAUGGAGGCUCUCUGGUCAAGCCUGGAUGAUUCAGUCUGUACCCAGCAGCAGAGUUAUCUCUGGACUCUCACCUCCACGGCUUUCCGACGUCUUGGCGUGCACGCCAGGAGUUUCCACAGUCCUCUGCAACUGUUACACGCUCGCGGGUGUGUUUCAAGGCCACUGUUCCAGAUGACGGAGGGGAGGCGAUGUCAGGUCCAUCUCCUGGACGACAGGAAGUUGGAGCUCCUGGUGCAGCCUAAAUUGAUGGCUAAGGACCUCCUGGACCUGGUGGCCUCUCACUUCAACCUCAAGGAGAAGGAAUACUUUGGAAUUUCAUACACAGAUGAAACGGGCCAUUUUAGCUGGCUUCAACUGGACCGCAGAGUAUUAGAGCAUGAAUUCCCCAAGAAAUCCGGACCCAUUGUCCUCUACUUCUGCGUCAGGUUCUACAUUGAAAGUAUUUCAUACUUGAAGGACAAUGCCACGAUUGAGCUGUUUUUUCUCAACGCAAAGUCCAUCAUCUACAAGGAGCUCAUUGAAGUGGACAGCGAAGUCGUCUUUGAGCUGGCGUCCUAUAUUCUCCAAGAGGCUAAGGGUGAUUUCACCAGUAAUGAUGCAACCAGGUCUGACCUGAAAAAGCUGCCUGCUCUGCCCACCCAGGCCCUAAAGGAGCACCCAUCCCUUGCCUACUGUGAGGAGCGGGUCAUAGAACACUACAAGAAGCUCAAUGGGCAGUCCAGAGGGCAGGCCAUUGUAAACUAUAUGAGCAUUGUCGAGUCCCUUCCCACAUAUGGAGUACAUUACUACGCCGUAAAGGAUAAGCAGGGGAUCCCUUGGUGGCUGGGCCUGAGCUAUAAAGGCAUUUUUCAGUAUGACCAUCAGGACAGAGUCAAGCCCAGGAAGGUGUUCCAAUGGCGUCAACUGGAGAACCUUUACUUCAGAGAGAAGAAGUUCUCCGUGGAAGUUCACGACCCCAGGAGGGCGUCUGUGACACGGAGGACGUUUGGUCAUAGUGGCAUCGCUGUGCACACCUGGUACGCCUGUCCAGCCCUCAUCAAGUCCAUCUGGGCCAUGGCCAUAAGCCAGCACCAGUUCUAUCUGGACCGCAAGCAGAGCAAGUCAAAGAUCCAUGCCGCACGCAGUCUGAGUGAGAUUGCCAUCGACCUCACCGAAACGGGAACGCUGAAAACCUCCAAACUGGCCAACAUGGGCAGCAAAGGGAAAAUUAUCAGCGGGAGCAGUGGCAGCCUACUCUCGUCAGCAGGCUCUCAGGAAUCAGACAGCUCCCAAACAGCCAAGAAGGACAUGCUGACAGCACUGAGGGCCCGGCAGGAUGCUCUGGAGGAAACGCUGAGGCAGAGACUAGAGGAAUUAAAGAGCAUUUGCAUCAGAGAGGCUGAACUGACAGGGAAACUUCCUAAGGAAUAUCCUCUAGAUCCAGGAGAGGAACCCCCUACAGUGAGGCGGAAGAUCGGUACCGCCUUCAAACUGGAUGAGAAGAAAAUUAUUCCUAAGGGGGAGGAAGAGGAGCUGGAGCGCUUGGAGCGGGAGUUCGCCAUUCAGUCCCAGAUCACCGAGGCAGCCAGGCGCCUUGCCAGCGAUCCUCACGUCAGCAGCAAGAAGUUGAAGAAGCAAAGGAAGACGUCUUAUCUGAACGCGCUGAAGAAGCUUCAGGAAAUUGAGAACUCUAUCAAUGAAUACCGGGUUCGCUCUGGGAAGAAGCCGACACAGAGGGCAUCGCUUAUAAUAGAAGAGGCUAACAUUGGCUCAGAAGACAGUUCGCUGUCUGACGCUCUGGUCCUGGAUGACGAUGAUCCUCAAGUUACCGGUACCCCCAACUUCUCCCCGAUGGCUUCGCCUCACAAAGGCCUUCCCCCGAGGCCACCGUCUCACAGUCGUCCCCCACCGCCGCAAUCCCUGGAUGGACUGCGGCACCUGCACUAUGCACGCACGGAUUACGAUAAAUCGCCGAUCAAACCUAAAAUGUGGAGUGAGUCCUCACUGGAUGAACCUUAUGAAAAGGUCAAGAAGCGCUCCUCUCACUCCAGUCACAGACGAUUCCCCAGCUCUGGCAGCACAGAAGCAGGAGGUAGUAACUCUUUGCAGAGCAGCCCUAUCAGGAACCUCCCUCAAUGGAACUCUCAGUCCAGCAUGCCGUCCACCCCGGACAUGAGGACCAGGACGCCACACUACGUACAUUCCACUAGGUCGGUGGACAUCAGUCCCACACGUCUGCACAGCCUCGCUCAGCACUUUAGAAACCGCAGCUCCAGUCUGGAGUCCCAGGGCAAGCUCUUGACUUCGGACCCUGAUGCACACCCACACGCCCUCGGCACGCUGGGCAGCCCUGACUUUUUCUUGGGCCCGACACGGAGCUCUAAUGGCUCUGACCCGUUGGAUGAUUGCUCUUCCUGCACCAGCCAGAGCAGCUCGGAGCAUUUCUACCCGCCCGGCGGGCCCCUAGCCCCCGGCACCAAUCCCAACUAUUCCACCCUCGGUGAGGACUCGCCUUCAAAAGCUAGGCAGAGGCAGCGGCAGAGGCACAGGUCUGCAGGUCAUCUGGGCUCCUCUAACUCCGGCUCCAUGCCAAACUUGGCAGCUAAGAACGGCUCUGUUGGAGGAUCAGGCGGAGGCGGCAUAGGCGGAGGACACCACGGAGUCUACCUCCACAGCCAGAGCCAGCCGUCCUCCCAGUACCGCAUCAAAGAGUACCCGCUAUACGUGGAGGGGAGCCCCAACCCGGUGGUCGUGCGCAGCCUGGAGAGCGACCAGGAGGGCCACUACAGCGUCAAAGCCCAGUUCAAGACCUCCAGCUCUUACACGGCGGGUGGACUGUACAAGGAAGCGUGGGGAGGAGAGGAGGGAGGGGAGGGCGGCGGCCGACUAACGCCGUCCCGCUCGCAAAUUGUACGGACUCCAUCAUUGGGGCGCGAGGGGAGCGGAGGGGGUCGGGCGGCAGUGUCAGAAGAGCUGCGCUGCUGGUACCAGAGGUCGUCCGGGAGCCUGAAGGAGAGGAAUCACUCCCAUUCAGGAUCCACCUCAUCCGAAACAGGGUCACAGCAAGGCACACUAGGACACGGGCGGGGCAGUCGGGUAGGAACGCUCGCCAAAGGCUCACCAGUUGCAUCCCCACACAGCCAGAGGAGUAUGACACCCUCUGGUGACCAGACCGCCACACCCACUCCGCCUUGCAGUCCACAGCACAUCCUCAACUGGCAGAGCGGGUCCUUCACUGACAGCUGCUUCCUCGGCAGCCCUUCGUGUUCAGAGCUGGCAGACGUGCAGUGGUACAGACGCGACAAGGCCAAACCUGGAACCCUGGUCUGAGACCCUUGGAAAAAAAAAACCCACUUGGAGAAGUCCUGGUAGUAUUGAAACCUUCCGUGCACCGUCCUAGACCACGUCCCGCUCACAACAACCAAGAACCUCAUCGCCAAGGCCUGACAUAUCCAUCCUGACUUUUUCCUCCCACAAGGGAUCAAGCGGCUCGGCGUAGUAGAUGUGGAAAGAGCACGGUCACCCACUCCCAAUCAUCACUUUCCAAUUCGUCCCUCUUAAAAACUUUAAUCCACUCGAGAAGAUUCCUGCUGUUUUUGAGCCACCAGUCUAAAACAAAAAAAAAAACAUACUGCUGCAUAUAUAUUCUAAAUUGAAAAAAUGCAUACAUUUAUCGGAACAACAAUGAGGUUUCUCCUCCUCUUCCCAGUUUAACCCACAACCAAAGACUGCAUUCACUGAUCAGGCCGGAGUUCCCUUGCAGAAACGCAAUGGAAAGAACGCGACCCAGACUAUAGCAAUAAAACUUUGUGGGAAUUGUGUGGUGACCAGGCGGACAGUGUCGUGCUUGUCGGCUUUGGGCCUUCAUCUCCGCUUCCUUCUUGCAACGUGUUCAGCGGUGAUCGGUUCAUGGAGUCACUGCUGAAUUGAAGGACUAUUACAUUCAGUAUUGGAUCUUUAAUGGAGGAAGUCAACCUUUCUGACUCUACUGUGUCUCUUGCUGCUACAUUAUGAUACACCUUUUCCACUUUAGCGUGCAGAUUUAGUCCAGAGCUCCAGUCGACACUUACCAUUGUCCUGAGGGAACAGGAAAUCAUCUAAACCAGUGGCCCCCAUAUAUAUAUAUAUAUAUAUAUAUAUAUAUAUAUAUAUAUAUAUAUAUAUAUAUAUAUAUAUAUAUAUAUGUUUCCCACAGAAUAUCUGUUAGUUAAGGUGGUGAAGUGGGCCGGCUUUGUCGCGUGAAGAAGCCUACAAUUUUUUGGUUGUGUUUUCCGCUCCGUAUGCUGAAUGGCAAUAUACGAAUACACACUACUGAUUGGCUGUUACCGCUCUGUAACCAACCAGGUGGUUGUGUGGGUGGGACAAUGCUGGGUUCUGCAGAAACCUACUGGCAGAGGCAGAACUAAACGGAGCAGCUUGUUAAGACUUUAGAUUAGCACCAAAAAUCAUAUAAAUACAUUUAAUAAAGUCAAACACAAAUAAGGCAACAAGAUAAGUAUCCUACACUUAUAUAUAUAUUACGGUUGUACGGUAUACCGGUAUUAGUAUUGUACCGCGAUACUUACAGAUCCUAUUUCGUACUAUACCUCCUCUAAAAGGUACCGGUCUACCACCCUGGUCGUCAUCACGUUGUGACAUUGCUGGUUUUACGACCAGAGGAGCAUGUUUGGCAGCGCGCAAUCACAGAGUACUUACAAGCAGAUACAGUGUGUAGACAGAAAAGGGAGAAUUGAUGCAUUUUUGCUUAAAAAAGUAAAGUUAAAGGUGAAGUUAUAACACUGAAACCCCCUCAGGAAGAGGUGCUUUAAGACUUGGGUAGUUAGCUAGCGGCUAAUCACUAAUCCUUGUCUCCACAGUGACAAAUAAAGUAAGUUUCUCACAAGUGUCAUUAUCACUGCAGGACGAGGAAUAGCUAAACAUGCUUCACUACACACCGUAGCUCGCCGGCGUCAAAAUGUAAACAGACGCCACUGGUGGAUCUACACCUGACAACCACUGUAAUGAUACCAAGUACAGGAGCAUAUUUCUACUAUGAUUACAUUGAUAUUUUUUGUCAUCAUAACAUCUUCUUUCGAAACUCAAAAAAUAUGUCCCCGGACACAUGAGGACUUUGAAUAUGACCAAUGUAGGAUCCUGUAACUACUUGGUAUCGGAUGGAUACCUAAAUUUGUGGUAUCAUCAAAAACUAAUGUAAAGUAUCAAACAACAGAAGAAUAAGUUAUUAUUAAAUUUUAACAGAAGUGUAGAUAAAACAUGUUAAAAGAGAAAUUAAGCAGAUAUUAACAGUAAAUGAACAAGUGGAUUAAUAUUUUUAUACAGUUUGUCCUUAAUAAUGUUGACAAAAUAAUAGGUAGAUAAAUGACACAAUGUUACUGCAUACUGUAUGUCAGCAGACUACUUAGGAGCCUUUGUUUGUUUACUUACUACUAAAAGACAAGUUGUCUAGUAUGUUCCCUAUAUUUAUAUAAAAGGGGACGGCAUGGCGCCAUUGGGAAAGUGGCCGUGACAGCAACCUUAGGGUUCCUGGUUCGAUCCCCACCUACUACCAACCUGUUCACAUCCAUUGUGUCCUUGACCAAGACACUUCACCCUUGCUCCUGAUGGGUCGUGGUUAGGGCCUUGCAUGGCAGCUCCCGCCAUCAGUGUGUGAAUGAGUGUGUGAAUGGGUGAAUGUGGAAAUAGUGUCAAAGCGCUUUGAGUACCUUGAAGGUAGCAAAGCGCUAUACAAGUAUAACCCAUUUACCAUUUAUUUAAGGACAAACUUGCAAUAAAAAACGUAUGUUUAAUGUACCCUAAGAUUUAUUUGUUAAAAUGAAGCCAAAAAUGACAUUUGUAUGGUCCCCUUUAUGUUGAAAAGUAUCGAAAUACAUAUUUGUACGUGCUAACACGUUUACGAGAGUCUCUGUUAGCAUUUCUAACGUAUAAUGCCAUUCUUUUUUUAGGGGGUUUCAGUUUCACAAAUUCCUCAAUAAGUUCACCAAAAGGUCACUGUGCAGUUAUUGAGUCUGUUUUGCUGAUUGGAUAGCUAGUCAUUUAUUUUGUUUUGUCGGAGCAGCCGUUUUACUGCCUUGUUACAGGAACCCUUUAGAAACAAUGAAGGUGUGUGAGUAAACAUUUACAGAAUCUUUCUGUGUUGCUAACUAGUUUGGCCACAUACCUUUCGCUAAUAUUGGAAUAAAAAUGUGUUUUUAAAUUUAGUGGGUGGGGCUUUAUAGUUCGUAAAACACUGUUCAUACAUGCAGACAUGCACACGCGUGACUAAGACAACGCAACGAGUGUGGAGUAAAAUACAGCCAAAAAGCACACAUAAAUGACAUUUUGUUUCAUUUGGCAGAUUUCCAUGAAUGAAUCUCAUGAGCUUGCCUUCAUUCCCAAUUUGGAGUGAAGUGGGCGUGUCCAAAGAAAAACACUUUCGCCCAGGUCGUGAUCAAGGCAAACUACGUUCUUGAGGUCUAUCCGGUGGAAAGAGCAACCCAAUGCUUUUUUUUUUUUUUAAAUAAUGACAUUUGUGACAGGCAAAAUAUUAUCAGACCGACGGGAAAAUUUGCUUUGACGCUCAUUUUUGUCACGACUAAGUCCGAGUACUGACUCGACGCAAAGCCGCUCUUUUCCAAGUUAAGCCCAGCCACACUUAAAAACACCUCCAGUUUGGUGCUUUAUUAAUGGGACUUUGAACCAGCUACAGUGGAAAAGGUGUAUCUGUGGACAAAAGUAUUGGGACACUUACCGUAUUCGUCACUUUGAUCGCAGCUGUGACCUUCAUGCAAGAAAUCUACGUCACACUAAAUUACCGUUAGCAUUAAGAUGGAUCCAAAAAUCAAUACUGCUGUAAAAGGUGUGUCCCAAUACUAUUGUCCAUGUGGUGUAGUUCACAGAACUCUUUAAGUAUUCAUUGACAGAUGACACAAACACAUUCUUGUAUUUCUUACCUUCUUGAGAUCUCCGAGAAAUGCCUACUUCUUUAGGACCACCCUUUGUAGAAUAUAAAGAUUUGUAUUUACAACAUUAAUAAUAUAUACAUACUAUGCAAAUAUAACAAAAGGUAAGCUUUUAGUAAAACAUUUUUUUUUGCUAAUUGUUUUUUUAUCUGUAUGAUUUACUUCAAGUUGUUACAGUAUGUUUCUAAAUACAUAUUUAGUUAUUUUUAUUCAUUUUGACCAAAGGGGGCGCAUUUCAAUUUCGUACACACACUUGUUGUUACAUAUGUUGGCCAAAGGGGAACACUUCAAUUUUUUUACACACACUUGUUAUUUCAUAUGUUGACCAGAGGGGGACCACGUUUAAAAGCGACACACAGUCAAUUUGAAAAAUCCCUCCUUUUUUGGGACCACCCUAAUCGUGAUAGAUUUCAUCACCAGGGGUGCAAAUGAGACAUUCUCUAUUAGAUGCAAUGGUUUUCCGUAUUGGGACCACGAUUUAUGUCCUCACUUGUUCACCGGUCCUCAUAUGGACGGUACUUUUCCUUGUUGAUAUCUCAAGAAGGGUCGAAAUACAGUAACACACACAUUCUCGUAUUUCUUACAUUCUUGGGACCUCUACCUCUUUAAGACCACCCUUUUUAGAUAUAUAAAUAUUUGUAUUUAAAACAUUAAUAAUAUACACAUACUACGCAAAUAUAAAAAAGUAAGCUUUUAAUUAUUUUUUUGUCUGUAAUUGGUUUUUAAUCCUCAAUAUUUCAAGUUAUUGCAGUAUGUCUUUAUAUACAUAUUUAUUUUAUUUUAUUGUAUUAAUUUAGGCCAAAGGGGGCACACUUUAAUUCCUUACACACACUUGUUAUUUCAUAUGUUGGCACAUUUAAAAGCAACACACAGUCAAUUUGAAAAAUCCCUCCUUUUUGGGACCAGCCUCAUUUUGAUAGAUUCACCAUAAAUGAGACAUUCUCUAUUAGAUGCAAAAGUUUUCCGUAUUGGGACCGUGCUUUUGGUCCUGAUUUGUUCACCGGUCCUUAUAUGGAUGGUAUUUUUCCUUGUUGAUGUCUCAAGAAGGUUAGAAAUACAAGAACACACACACACACACACUUGUGGUAUUCAUGGGUGCUAUUAUUUUUUGAAGUGCCAACCAAGGCUGGUGCUUUUACAGUAGGAAAGGGAUUCAUAUGCCCCUCGGUCAAUCAUUUUUGCAAUGCAGUCUGCUGAAAAUGAUGGAAAGCGCCACUCUCCAUAGCAACUGACAAUAAAGCAAAGUUGGAAUUGCCACAAAACACAUUUUACGAGAUUCAACACUCUUAGCGCACGACCCAAAUUUGUCACGUUUCCUGUGUCAGGUGAAGUGCUACGGAUAGAAUCCCCUUCCUACUGUGCAUUUACAUUGAUUUUUGAUCGGGCGUCAUGUUUGGCGGCAGCGAGGCAAAAAGCACAAUGUCCACACACACACACACACACACCAUUUCACUCGAGAGAAAAGCCAUAACUGAGCGAUCCUAACAGAACAGGGUUAGAAAAGCACACCUGCUUUAUUGUGAAGGAGGCAGGAAGUAUUGGGAGUUGCAUAAAGUAAGAAUUGACCGAUACCAUAAAGGUGGGAAUGAUCACACCUUCUUUUUCAGUCUUUCCAUCGAUCCAUGCACGAUUGGUUUAAUGUACCCUCCACACACCUCACCCUGCGCAUGUUCAAGUGAGGAAGAAAGACUACCAAGUAACAUUAGUGGUGAUUACCGCCCCCUAGUGGUGAGCCCAGUGUGGUGAAGUGCAACGCCCCUCCUCUCUCGUCCCCACAAACCAUUUCAACCUUUUUUUUUUCUGUAACCAGUUUCACUUCCAACGCCGUUGUUUCUCCCAUCUUUCCAACGUUGUAACAACAGCCUGUUCCGGUGCUACAGUCUCCUCCACCAUGACCUCUUUUUUUGCAAUGUCCAAAACCAAUAGAUUCUUGACUUAUUUGAAGGACCCUUCUAGCAGACAAUAGAGCAUGUAACUUGUUCUCUUCAACCGUUAACAUCGCUAACAUUUAUUGUGCCGUAGGUUAAAAAAAAAAGAAAAAAAAAAGUGGAGUUGAUUAUACAAAAAAAAAAAAUAACUGAAUUCCACAGUUAAUUUAUUCUUUUCUAUUAAAAAUUUGUAUAGUAACUUUACAUUUUUCCAAACCGUGUCGUUGGAAAUUGAUGAUGACAUUUUUUUCAGAGACACUGUGGUGGUUCUUGAGAUUAAGAAAAUAAAUUAUUGAUGAAUGUUG